AGUUACUCUCCUGGAAAGCUGAAACAAACAUCAUAACCUGAAAUACUGUGCAGGACUGCUACGUGGGCAUAUUACAUUUAACCUCAGCUCUGAACCAUCUAAAUAAUGCCCUCCAGAUCCAUGUUUUCUGGUGCUCAGGUGUGUUUUGGAUCGUUGGGCUGAUGGAUGUCUAGCAUCUGGAUAAAUAAAUGAAGGUGCUACUCUGAAAUUGACUGAAGACUCCUAGCACUCCUGCCUGUAAAGGAAUAAAAAGCUAUCAUGGCCAUGGUACCUGAAAUCACUUGUGACAUGGAGUAUAUUUACCGAGACGAUGAUGACAGCCAAUUUUAUGAGGCUGAUGGUCCCAACCCAAAGAAGGGUCACCUCCAGUAUCCUGAUCUUUGCUCUGGGGCAAGUCUUCUGGAGGAGGAUGACAUCCAGCUGAAAUUUACUUCUCAACCCCAUCGAUUCCAUCAAACUGUGGUGGUAGUUGUUGCCAUUGAGAAAAUGAAGCAUCUGAACGGAUCCUGUGCCCAGCUAUUCCGGGAUAAUGACCUGAUGAAUAUUUUCACAAGUAUCUUUCAAGAAGAACCCAUCACCUUCGAGAGCUGUAACAUUUAUGAGUCUGACUCCGUCUUUCAGUUUUCAUCCUCCCAAGACUGCACCAUUCAGGACAUAAAUCAAAAAUGCCUGACCUUGUCCAAUGCCAGCGAACUGAAAGCUCUCCAUCUCAAUGGAUACAACAUAAACCAAAAAGUAAUUUUCAGCAUGAACUACUUCAUUGGUGACAUAGGCUCACAGAAAAUACAUGUUGUCCUGUGUAUCAAGAAAAAUAAUCUCUAUCUGUCUUGUGUGAUGCAUAAUGGGAAGCCCACCCUGCAGCUAGAGCAAAUCGCUCAUUUCCCCAGAAGGAACGUGGAAAGGAGAUUCAUCUUCAACAAGACAGAAAUAAAUCAUAAGACUGAAUUUGAGUCAGCAGAAUACCCCAACUGGUAUAUCAGCACUUCCCAACUGGAUGAGCAGCCUGUCUUCCUGGGGAACAUAAGAGGGGGCCAAGACAUAACUAACUUCAUUUUGGAUGAUCUCUCUUAAAUGGACUCUCAAGCAGCAAGUCACCAUUUACCAUGUACUCUAGGACUUAGGCAGAGGGGAGAAGAAAAGGAAUUUGGGAGUCCAUAUGUUAUACAUAUGACAUGUCUUCAACUUAAACCUUAAUAUGUUCUUUGGAGGUUUGUACUGCUACCAUUUAGAUACUGACUUUGCUUAAGGAGAGCCCGAUGGCCCAUUUCAAUGCCUGACUGAGUAGAAUCUGGUGAAAUCAUGAUGAUAGUUUGGUAUUCAAGGUAGGGCCUUGAAGGUUGCCAGGCAGGGAGCAUUAGGAGGGGGAAUUUGGAGAGAGAGAGAAGAUGGCCAUGGAGUAGGAGGGCAAAAGAGGCCUCUGAUCUGUGAAGUUUAGUAAGAAAAUAGGAAAGUGCUGUGGAAUCACUAACUUGACGGUCUCCUGCAUCAUUGAUUCUAAAUGGGCUAGGCUAUGAUUGAGCCCUGUUGACUGUGACUGUGUUCAGAAGCUGCCCUGUUAUUUCCCAGAGACAAAAAUAAAUUGCCUCUGCCAAGAUGGGGCCCCUCCUGAAUCACCCAGAACGAUCUCCCCAAGCCUUGGUUAUUUCCAAAUUCCUCCAAAACUGCCCUGUCAGGUCUUUAGUAAGUGCUUGUUUGUCUAUUUAUUUAUUUAUUUAUUGCUCCAUCUGUUUGUGGAUGCACAUAUGUAUUUAAUUCUCUGAAUGAAAAGGCCAAGAUGAGUCACUGUCAGCUAGAGAGUAAAGCGUUUAAUGUCUGUAAAACUGAAUUAAUUUAUAUUGUUAUGGUCCACUCAAGAGAACUAGAAAUGUAAGUCUGUGUUCUUGAAGUGUUAAUAUUUAUGAAAAGGGAAGGCCUGAUAGCCUUAGCG